CCCGACCCGUCUCGACAGGCCAGCGGACAGCUCAACAUGGCUGACAAUAUGAGUCACAAUGCAGCCCAAAGUAAGGAGAAACUGCGUGCCGCGGCCCCGGGGGGCACGACGGGGCCUGACCGCGAGGACGGAGUGCCCGAGAGGAAGAAGACCCCCUCGUUCCAGAUUACCAGUGUGACGGUGGCUACCCGGGUGAGCAACGACGGCGGCGACGACUCUGCCGACGAUCUGGACGACUCUCGGACGGACGACAUCUCGGAAGCUGUGGACGUCGACGGCAACGGCUCCAUGUCCAUGUCGCUGUCCAGGGUGACGGACUUGGAGACGCCCAGCUUCAGCGAGGAGAGCUUCAGCAAGGAGGACGUGUUCUUCAACACGUCGGCCGCGGCCCUUGGGUCGGCGCCUGUCAUCCCGACCAGCUCCCAGUACGGACUGGCAAUAGUGGCCAACUUAGAAGGGGACUCGGCCACCAGCAGCUCCCCUGUCAACUGUAUCAACAGUGUCAGUGCCAACGAUGUGCAUGUCAAUGUGAGUGUGGCCGAGGCCAACAGUAAGCAGAGUGAAACGGAUAGUAGUCAUAGUCACCCAGGACGGAACGAGAGGUUUAAAGUGGUUAAGAUUGAAAGCACAGAGCCAUUCAAACGGGGUAGAUGGAUGUGUAUGGACUAUUUGGAUCACACGACGCAGCCACAGCAGCAAAGUCAGCAACCACCCCAGCCGCAACAGCAGCCUCAAACACAGCAACCACCCCAGCAGCAAGCUCACCAUCAACCAACGCAGCAGGCACCUCAGCAAACACCACAGCAUGCACCCCAAGCUCAACCACAACAGCAAUUGCAGCAGCAGCAGUUAAAUCAGCACCCCAUUCAACAACUGCAGCAGCCACAAAUGCAGCCCCAAGUUACCCUAGUGCAGCAUUCAUUACCAAAACAGGACUGUAAUGAAGGAAUUCCCUCCAACAUGGGAAUGGCUUCAUAUCCUCAAGAUACUGGAGUGAUGAUGAAUGAUACCAUUGUGAAAAAUGUUGGACCAGAUGAUCAUCAAGGAAGUGUUUUAGACCCUAAUGUGAUUGCUCAAAUGGCAAAUAGUAUGAUUGCUCCUGUAUCUUCGCCAGACCAGCACCAGCAGGCAAUGUUAGCAUCCCAGCGACAUCAGGUGACACAGCAAAGUAUAGCUAUGAACCAGAUGGCUACUAGUAGUUACCAACCUAUGGCAGGUCAGUCUAUGCCUCAUGUAACUAUACCUAGCAGUCAACCGCAGCAAGUAGUGAUGCAAAGCCAGCAAAUUCCUCAAACUAUGCCCCAGCAGAUGGCUCAGAGUUUUCAGCCCCAAGGUAAUUCUGCAACCGGAAUGCCUCAACAGAUGCUCCAGCCUCAACACCCUCAAAGUAUGACUCAGGUUCCAUACCAGCCACAGCAAGUGUCCCAGCACCAGAGUUUGCCUCAACAGCAAUUGCAACAUGUGAUCCAAGUGCAUCAGCAACAGUACCAACAGCAUCAACAGCACCAACAACAGACUAUACCACAGAUGCAGCAGUUGCAGCAACAAAUUCACCAGCAGCAAUUGCAGCAGCAACAGCUUCUGCAGCAGUCUCAACAGCAGUUACAACACCAACAGAUGCACCAGAUGCAACAACAGCAUCAAAUGCAGCAGCAACAGCAAAUGCAACAACAGCAACAGCUUCAACAGCAACAAAUCGCUGCAGCGAUGCAGCAACAACAGCAGCAGCAACAGCAGCACCAAGUUUUACCUCAAGUUCAACAGCAACCGCCCCACAGUGCUGCACAGCAUUCUGUCAUGUCGCAAGUGGUGCAACAACAGGCAACUCACAUGUCUGCCCCGACCCAACAGUCGCAGUAUUACAGUCCUCCACAAGGAUCCAUUAUACAGCCAAAGGUUGUCACAAUGCAGCAGGCUCAAAGCCAAGCUGGCGGAUAUCCUACUCAGACUUCUAUGACUGUAACGCAAACUCAAAAUGUAAAUUCAACAACGCAUCUGCCUUCUAUGUCGCAAGGAGCAUCAAUGCCUCAACAAUCCAUGCCGCAAUCAAUGGCCCAAGCACAGUCUCUCCAAGCCCAGUCGCUGCAGGCGCAGUCACUUCAGGCUCAAUUACCUCCUCAGCAACAUCAGCAUCCACAGCAUCAACAUCAACAAUCCUUGCAAAUGGCGGGACAAGCGCUGUCCCAAAUGCAGACUUUAGGACAAGGACAGAGUCUUCCUCAGAAUCUUACAUCGAGCUCUGUUCCUCCAUCAGGUCCACAGCAGCAACAAAUUCCUCACCAACAACUUGCUGGCCAAUCCUUGCCUCAAAUGCAACAAAUUGCACCUGCUCAAAGCCUGUCUCAGGGUGUACCACAAGGUGUACAGCAAGGAGUACAAGGUGUACAACAAGGUGUACAGCAAGGUGUACAGCAAGGUGUACAGCAAGGUGUACAGCAAGGUGUACAGCAAAGUGUACAGCAAGGUGUGCAGCAAGGUGUGCCGCAGGGUGUCCCUCAAGGUGUUUCCCAGGGCGUGCCUCAGGGUGUUCCUCAAGGGGUUCCACAAGGCGUCCCACAAGGCGUCCCUCAAGGCGUCCCACAAGGCGUUCCUCAGGGUGUGCCACAGGGAGUUCCUCAAGGUGUGCCAUCUCAAAGUGUUCCUCAAUCUACUCCCCAUCCGCAAAUUAACAAUCAGCUGCCACCACUACAGACCAUGGCCCAGGUCCAAAACUUGCCUCAAAGUAUUUCUCAAAGUUCAGUUCCUCAACCAGCCCCCCAGCAAGGGCAAAUGGGCAUGGCUCCACAGCCAAUAAUGUCAAUGCAAAUGCAACAAGGACAGAACAACAUGAUGACGGCACCUCAGCAGCCUCAGCCUCCACAGCACUACCCCAUGGUGUCCAAUGCUGGACCUCAGACGUUCUCAAACCCUACUGUCAGUUCAUCAACAUCUGUUUUGUCUCCCCAUUCCGGGGGUGUUGUGUCUGUGGCUUCCAGUGGAGUGUCAAGUGUUGUCGACCCUGUAACUGGAACUGUUCUGGGUACAGUCAACAACCCAGUAGAACUUCAUACAGGACAGAGUGUUGGAAGCAAUCAAACUGGUUUAGGGACUGCACCUGCCAAUGCUCUUCUGGAAUCUCUUGUGGAAGCAACAAAUUCUGUUGAUGAUGUGGCCCCUGGAAACUCUGACGAUACUGAAAGUGCCUCUGGUACCAAUGCUGUUGCGAUAGACAACAAGAUUGAACAAGCAAUGGAUCUAGUGAAAAGUCAUCUAAUGUUCGCUGUGAGGGAAGAAGUGGAGGUUUUGAAAGAAAAAAUUGCAGAACUCAUGGAUCGCAUCAGUCAAUUAGAGUUGGAGAACUCGAUCCUCAAAGCACAUGCCACACAAGAAACACUGGCUCAGCUGAAUUCAAGCAGUGCCAGUAACAUCCAACCACAGGGUCAACAGGGGUCUGUGUCGCAGGGACAGUCCCAGCAGACACCCCCGCAAAGCUCUCAACCUCCUCCACACCAAAAUGGUUCAUGAAGAUAAUUUGCAGACUUUUUUAAAGUAAAAGAUGUGAUAUAUUAUGGCCAUUGAGCACUGGCUUAAAUCCAGUUGCAUACUUGCCAGUUAUGUAGGAGUGAAUAGCGGGAACAUUUUUACUGGCUGAUUCCCUUUAGUGAUGAAUUUAAUUAAUGCCAAGUAGAUGAAAGAAGCCAUUUGAGGUUCUCGAACUUAGACUGUGCUUGUACUUUUAAUACUAGGGCGAUAUUGGGGUCAGGCUGCCUUGCCUUGACUGGACUGCCUUUGCCUCCUGCUGACAUUUGACACAGUGUGAUGCGAUGCCAGCAGCGACCAACUCUAGGAUAAUUGAGAUACCAGCUGGUUCUGGAGCCAGAGAUGCUGGUUGCAUUUCAUGCUCAUUUAAUUUUACAUUCUGGUUUCGCUCUUGUAUCUUCAAACAUCUGACUUACGUUUAGUUAAUAUUUAGCAACACAAUCAGCACCUAUCUGGCUAAGGAAUAUUGUAUGUGCUCAGAUGUUGUGAUAAGAGAAGAGAACUGCUGUGAAGUCACAUGAUUGUUUACUUUCUGUGUAGUUUGAAGGGUUACUCAAAAGAAAUGACACAAGAAAAAUAAUAUCUAGAAAUUCAUGACGGCCCAUGUUUUGGUAGGUGCUGUCUUUGUCAUUUGCCAAGUCAUUUCCUAAGCACUAGUCAAAACUGGACCAGUCACCCCUCCCUCAUUAAAAGCCUUGAAUCUACGAGUCCUUGUCAAAAAUUUAAUGCACUGGUAUAGGUUUACUUUUCCCUACCGAUUGAAUGCAUCUAUUCUUGUUGUUUGUGUCCAUUUGAAAGAAUCACAAGAGUCAAAGUUCGUUGGUGAUAAUGUUUGUGAUAUAGUACCUACUGGCUCUUUUGUUGUAUUUUUCUUUCUCUUUCUUCUUUUUUUCCCUUUUCUGUGAAUCAAUUACUCUGUGCAUAACUUUUGUCUCUAAAUUGUAACUGCUAUCUUUGACUGUGACAUCUUGAUAGAAGUGAUCCACCCCAUUACCAUUUGGUAUAUUUACUUAAAACCCCCAAACCAUAAACUUCCCUCUUAACCUUAGGAAAAUAUGAGAUAUGUCUUUCGUUUUAACAUAAAAUUAAUGCCCUGGUAGUUUGUCAGAAGUCUAUGCUAAAAUUUUAUGUCUGCAGAUGUUGCCUUUGUUUUGCUCGUAAGGUUUUUUCACUCCUCUCAUGGCCAGAUUAAGCUGCAAAUUCAAAUUUGCUCCAUGAUAGAAUCCAGCUGGUUUGACAAAGAAGUUUUGCUUGCCCUCUUGAGUAGCUCAUCUAGUCGUUUUUAAUAAGACUGAAAUCCUGACAAAUCUUGGUUGCCUCUAGUCCUGUCCAACUAUCUUCCUCACAUUGUAGGCUUUUCUUUGAGAAGAAGAAUUCGGCAGCUGAAGAUUUCUAUUACUUGGCAGCAGAUUUAUAAUAAGUAGCCAGUGCAUUCAAAUUUCUCUUACAACAAAUUAGUAAGAAGUGUAGGUGUAGGCCAAGAAUGUUCAUUAUUUGGAGGGGUGAUCUUGGGAUAAAGACGUGUGACAAUUUUGAUUGGGAAUCAAAGUGGGUGUGCCAUAAAUUAUUCUUCUCUUCUUUGAAAAUCUUGUUGUUGUUGAAUCAUCUCAUAGUCUGUGCAUUUCGUAACAUAGUAAUAGUAAAUUAUUGGCCUGAAAGGAAAGUUUGAAUUGGUGAAGAAGGCUUUGUGACUGCAACCUAGACGUGUUUUAUUGGCUUUUCCUUGAGGCUGAACAUGGCUUGUUCACAUUUGUAACUUGUGUUUGACUGUCAAGACUUAUGAGCCAGGAGUUAAAAUUUAUGCAAUUUAGUAUUAUUUUGUUAAAAAAAAAUCUGUGUACUGUUUAUCAACUUUGUCAUUUAAAAUAGAAAACAACAUCUAAACAACAUGAAAUAACUGUUAAAAAAGAUAUCCAUGACUAGCUUUUCCCUUACUGUUCAGUGUAUAGUGCACAUUCCACAUGUUGUGAUGCCGUUUCUUACUGUUGGUGCAAGAGCAGACCCUUCGCUGUUUUUGCAAUUAUUCUUUGAUUUUAAUAACAGGUUUUUAAAUGAAUAUUAACUGUCCGUGCCCAAUUUCAAUGAAAGGUUGAGUUUCCUCUCUGGCUUUGAAGCUUUUGAUUAAGACGUGUGUAUGGUUUAUUUCAGUAUUUGACUUGUUUUGCAUUCUGCAAGCAUUCAAAGUCAUGAAGGCUGUGUUAGUGAUAUAAAUAGUUUAAGGAAAUAAUUUUAUGCCUUUUUAUGUGAGUGAAGCUGAUGGAAGUCUUGAUAAUAAUUCCUGGUUCAUUUUGCCUUUAGAAAAUGAGACAAUUGGAAUACACUUAUAUCAAGAGAAGUUGUUCAGAUAGUCAGAAAACAGGAUUCUUUAUGUUUGUUUAGUAACAGAUUUUAAGCUUUGACACUCACCAAUUAUAUCACCAUUGGUGAUUUAUUCUGAUUGAUUACUGCAUCAUUAUUCCCUAAAUGCUUGAAAAUAUUUUCUGAUCAUCUGGCAGUAUGCUUCAUUUCUCACAGUUUUAUUUAGAAAUUUUUUCACUUUUUUUCAAAUUUUAACUGUACUUGAAAAGCACUGCUUUAACUAACCUCUGAAUAUUAUUUUUCCAGUAAUGGAAAUGCUUCUACCUUAUUUGUAUAAGUGUACUUUUCCCUCUAGCUGGUGCCAAUCAAGAUCAAUUUUCAUAUUGCUUUUACAUGUAAGUGUAUUGUAUUUGGUCUGGAUUGCCAACUACUUUACAAAGUGAAUCUCUUGUGUGGAAAGAAUGUUUCAUCUUUUAUGGUGGUUUAUCUAGCUUACAUCACCCUUGAACUUUUUUCUUUCAUUCUCUGGAAAAUAUUCUUCUCAUAAGUAAAUGAACUUAUGUUUUAUAAAAAUGACAAAAAAAGAAAGAAACAAAAAACAAAAUAAAAAAAUACUUGGUUUGUUUACCAUGCUCUAGGUAUUUAAUGAAACCAAGCUAAAUAGAAUUAAAUCACCUAUGUUUGAUGAACGGUAACUGUCCACAGUUGAAUACGUACUUUAUUUCUUGACAAGUGCUUCCUGCUGUAUAUGAUCAAAUUGCAAGUACAAUGAUGUGUCUGUGCAUUAUUAUCACUGAAGUAAUAACCCAGAUUGGUAGUAAAACUUUCUGUCAUCACUGGUUUUCUAUUUUAAGUGAUGCUAACUCUGUAAGUAUACAUUACAUCUGUGUCAUGCAUUGUGCAAGUGUGUUUGUGUGUGUGUGGCGCUUUCUGUGGGGAUUUUACUUUUCCGAGUUUGGUGCUGUUGAUUUUCAGAUAUUGUACUACUUUCAUGGUCAGCAGUUCUAAUUGUGACCCUGCAGCCAUAAAUGAUUUCAGUGCGCUUAUUCUUGCUAUUGACAUUGUGUACCAUCUACCACCUGGAUACCCCUAUCUGCCAUAACCAGACCAAUUUUACGUAACAGCAGCAUCCAUAGACUCUUUCUUAAAAUGAAACAAAACUGGAUUUUAAACAAAACAGUGUCAUGUUUGUGGUGCUGUGCAAUGGCUCAGGAGUGGUUCCAAUGCAUACACUAUCGCUAUGGCAGCAAUCGCUGCUGGUGUUGGCCCCCUUAUAUAUCUACCAUGUGAUAUGUUUCGAAGUUCUGUAUCUUAUAAGGCUGACUAUAUUUCUUAGUUAUGUUUUGAUUCAUAGGAGACUUGUCAUCAAAAUUUCACUGACUUUAAGGUAUGUUAGACACUUAUUCUUGAAUUUUAGUAAUAAACUGGUUGUUUCUACUGUAACAUAAAUUAGGCAUGAAGAAAGUUCCUUGAGAAAUAAGAUCAUUCACUUACAUGCUUGCUGAACUGAUUCUAAGAAUUGGGAUAUACUCUAGAAUUUGAAAACAAAUCCAGGAAAAAAAUUGCUUAAGUUAGAUAAAUAACCAACCCAAUCUGUUGCUAUUCUUGACUUGAAGGAAUCAUAUUUCAUGGCCAGCUUAUUUCAUUGUCUCUCUUUUUCUCUGACAAAGCAGUGUAACAUAUGUUUUGAAUGAGAUUAUUUUUUAAGUAGUUGUGUAUUUUGAUGGGGACUAAUUAUGGAAAUUGAAUUCUGUACAGUGAGAUGAUUGUAUUGUAAAUAGAUAUUGAAAAGUUUAAUAUAUGCAUAUAUAAAUAUACAUAUUUAAAAAUAUUUUUUAUGUGUAACUGGCAGUUUUGUGAUUUAAAGAUAUUGGAGGGCAAGUGUAUGUGUGAGAAUACCUGAAUAAGAGGUAACAAUUCUGCA